UAUCUAUUUGCUCGUACCGCGAGGUAAGCGGGUUGAGAGAGGGGAGGCAGUAGGGACAGGCGCGUUGGGGUCUCCCCAGCCAGUCGAGGCUGCGGCGUCACACAGAGCGCACUCGCGGCCACCCGUUUAUAAAAUUACUGAACCACCGUGCCAGUGACGUGAUCAGUGCUUGCACAUGCGUGUGUGGUGACCGAGUUGAUUAUAGUGGACGAGUGACUUGUGUGUGUGAUUGCGUGCCACUAAGUGAGUUCGGAGCGAGUUUAAGGACGGUGGUUACUCUGCAAUCUCUGAAAUUGCUUUGGAUGUGACCGCAUAGACUUCUGGUCUAUCAAAGAAAGAUGUCGACGAAAAAAUCGAUAGUACCCAGAACAAUGGAAAGAAUGGGUGUACACUGAAAUUGGACAAGAAAAAAGUAAAAAUGUCGAUUCGAGCUAGCGUGGGUUAAGCAAAAGGAAAAAAUGGCCUUCCAAGGUUUUGCCGGCGAGGUGAUUGGCUUUUUCCUGGCUGUGGCGUUCUGCAUCAUAUGCCCUGAAUAUGUGUCAUCGGCCCAACGAGAGCUCGGCAAGACACCAGCCAACGCCUCGGCGACGGCCGCCCCGGCCGGCUCCGCGGACAACGCCAUCCGACCUGGUGCAGCCGACCCGCGCCCUACUCCCCGCACCGGCCCGUAUUUUGACCAAAUCGCUUCGAAGAACGUCACUGCUCUGCUCGGCAAGACAGCUUACUUGAAUUGCCGCGUCAAGAACAUAGGAAACAAGACGCUGAACAUGCAGGUGUCCUGGGUGCGUCACAGAGACAUCCACCUGCUGACCGUGGGACGCUACACAUACACGAGCGACCAGCGAUUUAGAGCCAUUCACCUUCCGCAUUCCGAGGACUGGACCUUACAGAUUAAAUAUCCACAGCACAGAGACUCUGGCAUCUACGAAUGCCAAAUAUCUACAACGCCGCAUAUGAGUCAUUUUAUUCAUUUGAAUGUCGUUGAACCUACGACGGAGAUCAUUGGCGGGCCAGACCUGUACAUAGACCGAGGCAGCACAAUAAACCUGACGUGCGUAGUGCUGUAUUCUCCAGAGCCACCUGCUUACAUUUUUUGGAAUCACAAUGAUGCGAUAAUCAGCUAUGACUCUCCCCGCGGCGGAGUGUCCGUGGUGACGGAGAAAGGGGAGACAACCACCUCGUUCCUGCUCAUCCAGCAGGCCAGGCCCUCAGACUCGGGCACUUACCAGUGCAAUCCGAGCAAUGCACAAUCCAAGAGUAUCGUUGUGCAUGUGCUUAAUGAAGCAAAUUCGAUUUUUCCUUUAUCAGGUGAGUACCCGGCGGCGAUGCAGCGCGGCGGGCAGACCUUCGCGCCAAUGUCUCCGACACACUGCCUCGUGCUGGCCGCUUGCCUCAUCCUAGCGCUCUCCUGACACAUACCUGCCGACAUUUACAUGUAAAUACAGUUUUACACAGCUUCUACUUUUAACAUUGACGCUUGCAAAAGCCACAUGAAGGCGGAAAGCAAAUGUUAAAAAAAGAAGUGAGAGCAACUAUUUUCUAUUUAAUAGUGUGGGUUGUGUUAUGUAAAAUAUAAUAUUAUAUCCCUGAGCAAGUAGCUAAGCGCUUGUUUAGUACUGAACUGUAUAUAGUAUAUCAUAAGUCAUCUGAGUAUUAUUUUUAUAAUUUUUACUUCUUCUUCUUAAAAGGAGCUUAGCGUUAAGUUUACUUGACUCCAACUAUGUUAAAAAACUUAACUUUAAUUUCUUUAUAUUUCGCAAACAAUAAAACAGAUUUCAAAUAAAUAGAUAAACAUGUGAUCCUGUUAUUAAAUAGAUUAGAAGCAUUUGGAAUGUAUUUCUUUGAGAGAAACCAGGAAGACAGUAUGUACAUAUAAACAGCUGACAAUACUACUUAAAAAUGACAGGAAGUGUUUAGAAAAACUGUAAAUAAUAUAACGAGUAAAAUUAUACGAAUCAUUACAACUAGCUUUACUAUAUCUGUGGUGAGAAGUGUACUGUACAUUUUUAUGUAAGUUUUAGCGAAUGUUUUGCAGAUUUCAAUGAUGUUGUAAAUAAUGUUGUAUAGAAAGUAAGUACAAAGGUACCGAAGAUGAUUAUUUGAAUCGUAUUAAUAAAUCGAGACCUGCGGCAUAC